AUGUCAGAAAAUGAAUAAUGCAGUAGUAAUUCUCACUUCUCAACAUGCUGUAGCAAUACUUCAUCAGAAAUCGAUGAGAUCGAUGACCCUUUGAAUUAUGCUUCCUUCAAUGAUUUCCAGACUGUCUUACCCCUCGUGAUUAAUGGUGUCAAAAUUCAGAAAGUAACCUGGGAUCUCUUCUCUGCCCCUCCAAAUGUAUAUUCUCAAUGGAAAGCUCAUUGUUUUUGGACAGUUGGCUAUACCUACGACUUUACGAUGAAGAAAAUGAAGCACAGCAACAAUAUCAGGUAUAGAUUGAGUGUAAAUGCAUGGUGCUGUUUAAACAGUAAAUCAUGGGUAAAAAAUAAAUGGGAUCGUUUGUUGGAACAUGAAACUGGGCAUUAUCUUAUUGGGUGCUUGUGUGCUUUAGAAUUCAAGGCGAGAGCUGAGAAAACUAAAUUCACCAAGAACUAUAGACUCGAAUCAAUGAGAAUCUUCUAAGAUACAUUCUAGGAAUAUCUCUCCCUGGAAAGAAGGUAUGACGAAGAAACCAAUCACAGUCAAAAUAUCAGCAGAUAAAAGGAGUGGAAUGAAUUCAUCAUUAAGGAAUUACAAAAAUACUGA